CCACACAGCCGUUUACUAGGGUGCACCACUCCAAACGCUGGAGUUUUAUGUAAUCCCCCACACCCUGUUCCUCUCUUCGCAGUCCUCGCCAAAAUUCCCUAGAAAACCAACUAAGGCGUGAGAGGAGGAAAGCCGGGCUUUUUUGGGGGGAAGGGUUUCUUUGGUUUUCUUUUGCUUUUGGGGGAAAAAAACUGCUUUGGUUUUGUUUCUUUUGGUUUUUUUUUUCCUUUGCACAUAUAAGUGAAGAAGAUUUUGCAAGGAGUUCCCGUUUGGGUGCUUCGUGUGUUUGGGCUCGUGAGCACGAGAAGGCCUCUCUGCAUUUGGAUUUCCGAGGCAAGGACGGAGAAGAGAGGACUCGCCUAGUGGAGAGAUGCAGGUGAGAUGCAGGCCCACACACCGCUCAUACACAACCCUAACAGCAUGAGCCGUGUUUGCACCAAAGGUCACAGCAGCGUUGAGAUGAGAUCGCUUAGAGAGACUAAACAAGAGUCCAAGGAGACUAAACAACCUGCUCUUGAUUCCACUCCCACCAACUUGGAGGAGAGGAAACCCUCUUAGGCCCUGCAAAACUGUACUGUGUUGCACAGGACUCAGGACUCACUCGACAGAGAAUCCCAUCUGAUAUCCAGGGAGAUUUACCCAGCCACCUCACGAAUCUUCUUUCAUUGAAGAAAAAAGCAAACCCACCACGAACUAGAACAUGUCAGAUGACUUGUUUUGAAAGACUGUUGUGCAGCCUGUAAUCAUACAAGUGUCUGCGUUUUGGAUUGGAGAAGGUGGAGGCUUGUAAUCAAGUUCCCAGAGAAGUCCCCGCCCCCAUCCCACCAAUAAAUCCAUAUUGAAUAGACUGAUGAAAUUGGGGAAGUCCUUGUUCCAAGCAUUAUGAAGAUAGUUGAAAGAUGCCAUCACCUGUUUACAGUUGUCACUGGAGCUACUGAUGGAAUUGGAAAGGCUUACACAGAAGAGUUAGCUCAGCGAGGCAUGAAAGUGGUUCUGAUCAGCAGAUCUCAAGAGAAAAUGGAUCAGGUUGCCAGUGAAAUAAGGGAGAGGUUCAAGGUAGAAACAAAAACUAUUCUUGCCGACUUUGAAGAUCGAGAAGCUGUUUAUGAUAAGAUAAAAGAAGGAUUGGAAGGCCUUGAGAUUGGUAUUCUAGUAAACAACGUGGGUGCUUCAUAUUCAUAUCCUCAAUACUUUCUUGAGCUUCCAGACCUAGACAAAACAGUUGACAAAUUGAUCAAUAUUAAUGUCUUGUCAGUAUGCAAGAUGACACGAUUGGUGCUGCCCCGCAUGCUGGAAAGGUCCAAGGGUGUAAUUGUGAAUAUGUCCUCUUUUGCUGGGUAUAACCCAAUUCCAUUUAUUACCCUUUACUCAGCAACCAAGGCUUUUGUGGAUUUCUUCUCUCGGGGUCUCAAUGCAGAGUACAGAAAACAGGGUGUCAUUGUUCAGAGUGUUCAACCGUAUCUUGUAAAGACAAAAAUGACUAAGAUCCGCAAACAAUCCCUUUUUGUACCUACUCCGGAAACUUUCGUAAAAUAUGCCCUCAAUACAGUUGGCCUUGAGUCCCAGACUUCUGGAUACCCAAGUCAUUCCCUUAUGGCCUGGUUCAGCAGGACUUUACCAAAGUGGUAUCGCAUGAAGCUCCUUGUAGACAAUUGCUUGAAAGCAAGAGCCCGUAAUUUGAAGAAACAAAAGGAAAACUGAGCUGUGUUGUCUUGACAAGAUCCUGGGUAAUUUUGUAUCCACAUUCAAGCACCAAACACUUCAUUAUACCAAUAUCUUACAUUUUUUGAACAGUGGGGGAUUUUGAGGACCAGAGUCCAACAAUGAAGCAACAGAACGCUGAGUGAAGGGAAGAGGGGAAAAGCCAUGAGCAGUCUGUAGUUUCCUUUAUUUGAGCCUUUGUUUAGAAUGUUUAUUAGAUAUGACCCAAGAUAUAAUUUUGUUGUUACACUAACUUUGUUGUAAUGCACUGACACAAGCAGAAUUUGUCAGUAUGAGAAUUGCACUGAAAGCAGUACUUCGUCAUCAUACACUGUUCAUAGAAUGGGAUAUACAUUAUUUUAAUAAAUAACUACCUUGUAAUCCUUACAAGAAAUUGCACCUUCCCUCUGUGAAUUUGGACUAGUACUACUUCAUGUGUCAUAGUGCCUAUAAGACCUUUGCCUUGUCAGUGUUAGUACUGCUUGGUGAUUGCCCUAUAAAAGAUGGUUGAUACCUGAAAUAUGAUUGAAGUGAAAUACUGGAAAAGAAAAGGUUUGGCUCAUGUUAGUUAAUGACCAUAAUGAAAUGAAUUGCACAUGCCAAGGAAUGUAUUGUUUAGUCUGUUGUUAAAUGCAAAAUUAAGAAUGCAUUUAUAUGUUCAAAUUAGUUGUUUUGCAGUAGGUAAAAUGAAAAAUUGGGGGGUUGGAUCUUCCCGUCUUUCCUCUGCUGCUGAAAAAGCCAGGGCACCUGCCAGCUAUGUCUACAAGCUUUCCCACAGAGAUCAAACCCUUAUGAAUGUACAGAUUCUUGUUUGCAGAAAAUAACCUCUAUAGCUUACUUGGUUGGUUGUGACUUAACUCAGUGUUGAGAGCUAUUUAAAAAAGGUGACAAAAAUCCAACAACUCUGGGCUAUGUUAUCAGUUGAGAUUUAUGGUGGUGUGUCAGUAAAUGUUCUUCAAGUAUAAAAAGCAGUUGUUGUCCAUUCCCCAACUACUGCAUUAAGUUUUGGCCUCUUUUGGAAUCCACUGCUUUUGUCCAGAUGUACAUGCACAAAAAAGCCAAUAUGUCUUACAGUUUGAACACAUUUAUUGACACUACAAAGGCUACAAGAUUUAUUAUGCUGCCCUUGGAGGAAUAAUCGAAGGCUCCAAUUUGAAAGCUGAAGUGUGUUUAAAUGUUAUUGUACAUAGAAAAUAAAUGAAAACCGAUGCAAUGGUGCUGACCAAGUACAGGAAAUGAAUUUUGUCCACGAAGGUAUUUUUGUGUUUUUGGUAUUUGAAAGGGCAGAUUUGGAUUGUAAAAAGCUGUACUUAACGACUGUUUGGAAGUGGUGCGGGAGGCUGUUGAAAAUAACUGGCAUGUCUAUGCAACAGAGUGCUUUUUCUAACCCUUUAUUGUAAAAUGAAAAUUUAAAAUAAACAGUUCUCUGAA